AUGGGCAACAUAUCACUAGUUCAAAACAUCGAAGAUGAAAAAUCUGUAAGCACAAUUAAUGAUAAACAUAAACAAAUUGUCACACUUAUUUGGUUUGAACAAAAUAUUAAAUUAAGUCAAGAUACUAAAAAAAUAGAACAAACACUACGUGAUAUUAAUGAUUAUGUUAUUUUUUCUACUGGUCUUGAACAAUGUAUUACAUCUAUCGAAUCAAUGCAUAAAGAAAAAAUCUUUUUAAUUACAUUAGGAUCAAAAACAUUAGAAAUUUUACCUCGAGUUUCUUCUCUUCGUCAAAUUGAUUCAAUUUUCAUCUUCAAUAUCGAAAAAGAUCGCAAUGAAUAUUUAUUAAAAGAAUAUCCAAAAAUUAUUGGAAUUUAUAUGAAUCUUGAUGAUUUAUGUAAAUCAAUAAAAGAACAAAUUGAUAUUGUCAAUAGACAAAUACAUUCGUUCUCCUUUUUUGAUCAAAAUCAAAAAUUAACUGAAGAUUUAUUAAAAGAGUCAGCAGAAUUUCUUUGGUUUCAAUUAUUUAAUUACAUGCUUUCUACUCUUUCACGAGAUCAACAAGCUAAACAACAAAUGAUUCAAAUAUGUAAAGAUUAUUAUCAUGGAAAUACAAAAGAAAUAGAAUUAAUUCAUCAAUUUGAGCAAAACUAUCGAUCAAAAGAUGCACUUCUUUGGUAUUCAAAACGAACAUUUAUUUAUAAAUUAAUUAAUAAAGCUUUAAGAACAAAAGAUAUUGAUUUAUUAUAUAAACUUCGAUCUUUUAUUGAUGAUUUAUCGGAAAAUCUUCAACGUGAACAUGAGAAAAUUUUAUUAUCAAACGAAAACACUUUAAAUGUUUAUCGAGGAGUUAAAAUUCAAAAAGAAGAAUUUAACAAACUAAAAGAAUAUCAAGGAAAACUUAUUUCAACAAAUGGAUAUUUAUCAACUAGUCGACUAAAAUCAUAUGCAUCAAGUUUUGCUCAAAAACCAAUAAAAAGAACUGAUCUUGUUUCUGUUCUUUUUCAUAUUCAAUGUAAUAUUAAACAUAUUGAUAAAAAUAUUACUUUUGCUGAUAUUGAUCAAUAUAGUGAUAAUCCAUAUGAACAAGAAGUUUUAUUUGACUUAAAUGCUUGUUUUCAAAUUGAGUCUGUGCAAGAAAAUGAAUCCGUACAUAUAAUAAAAAUGAAUCUUUCAAAUGAAGGACAAAAAAUUACUAAAGAUUAUAUUGAAUUAACACAAAAACAAACAGAAGAAAUAAGUAUUUCGAUUGUUUUUGGAAGAUUAUUGUGUGAUUUAGGUGAAUAUGAUAAAUCACAAAAAUAUUUUCAAUAUUUAUUCAACAGUUCUCAAAAUGAAGAUCGUUCUUGGAUUGAAUUUAAUAUUGGUCGAGCUCUUUAUUGUAAAGAUGAGUGGAAUGAAGCCCGAGAAUACUAUGAUCGUGCAUAUGAUCGAAUGAUAAAGAGUAAACCAGCACGAGUGAAAGAUUCUGCUCGUGUUCUCAAUAAUAUCGGUGUUAUUCUUGAUAAUCAAGGAAAAUACGAUGAAGCUCUUGAUUAUUAUCAACGAGCAUUGAAAAUUCGAGAGGAAUUUUAUCCAUCGAAUCAUGUUGAUAUUGCUACAAGCUUCGAAAAUAUUGGCAUUAUUCUCUUUAAACAAAAAAAGUACGAGCAAGCUCUUGAUUAUCAUAAACGAGCAUUGGAAAUUCAACAGAAACUUGAUUCAUCUGCUCAUAUCAACAUUGCUACAAGUCUCAAUUACAUUGGUAUCAUUCUCCGUAAUCAAAGGAAAUAUGAUGAAGCUCUCGAUUGUAAUCAACAAGCGUUGAAAAUUCAACAGAUACUUUAUCCAUCUGGUCAUAUUAAAAUGGCUUAUAGCCUCAACAAUAUUGGUAUUAUUCUUUAUGAUCAAGAAAAAUAUGAUGAAUCUCUUGAUUAUUUUCAGCAAGCAUUGAAAAUUCGAGAGAAAUUUUACCCAUCUAGUCAUGAAGCAAUUGCUAUAAACCUCAACAACAUUGGUAUGGUUCUCCGUCAUCAAAGAAAAUACGAUGAAGCUCUAAAUUAUCACCAAAGAGCAUUGAAAAUUCUACAGAAAUUGUAUCCCACUGGUCAUGA